CAGCGCCUGCGUCAUCGUCACGCCCUUCUCCCUGGCCCCGCCUCUCGAUACCCAGAGCGGAGUCCUACUGGCUGAGAGGCCGGUGACGUCACGUAACAACAGGAAGCGGAGAGGUCCAAUAUACCGGAAGAACCCGGAAGAGUUUACAGCUUGUGAGACGGGACCGGGAGACACCGGAGAUUGAAGAGACGGAUCCAACAUGUCCAGCAUGGAGAAAAAUUUGUUUAACCUAAAGUUCGCAGCUAAGGAACUGAACCGGAACGCCAAAAAAUGCGAAAAAGAAGAGAAGGCCGAGAAGGCAAAAAUAAAGAAGGCCAUACAGAAGGGAAAUACAGAGAUCGCACGGAUACACGCGGAGAACGCCAUCCGGCAGAAGAAUCAGGGCAUCAACUUCCUGCGCAUGAGCGCCCGGGUGGAUGCGGUGGCAGCGCGGGUACAGACGGCCGUCACCAUGGGCAAGGUGACAAAGUCGAUGGCGGGUGUGGUGAAGUCUAUGGACGCCACGCUGAAGAGUAUGAACCUGGAGAAGAUCUCCGCUCUUAUGGAUAAGUUUGAGCACCAGUUUGAGACGCUCGAUGUUCAGACGCAGCAGAUGGAAGAUACAAUGAGCAACACGACGACGCUGACAACACCGCAGAAUCAAGUGGACAGUUUGUUACAAGAGAUGGCGGACGAAGCCGGCCUUGACUUGAACAUGGAGCUUCCUCAAGGGCAGACCGGAUCUGUGGGAACUAGUGUCGCUUCUACAGAACAGGAUGAACUUUCGCAGAGACUCGCACGUCUUCGUGAUCAGAUGUAAGAGUCGCGGCCUCCACGGUAUUUUUUUGCGCCAUCCUCCUGUAUAUACGUGUUACAUACCCGGAUGCAUUUCUUUGCAUAAAUCUAAUCAACAUCCAAGACGCUUUUCUCCUGGUGGCCUACUGGAUCCUACAACCUCAUACACAGGACUGUGGUGCUCACAGACAGCAGGGGGCGCAGCGCUCAUUAAGCCCCAUCUAAGUCUAUUAAUUAUUAUAUUUUUAAAUUUGUCUCUGUUUGAUUAAAAAAACUAUCUAAGCCUUUUUCCCUGGUCGUGUGGAAAAUGUAUGUGCCUGAACACUAAAGGAACACAACUGUGACUCUAGAGGAGACCGAUACUGCUGUGCUCCGAUGGGGGUAGUAGUUUUAUCUGUUAGCACCGCUCCGAUGAGCGCGGUUCCCGAGGAUUGAAUCCUCUGGAUGCCUUCAGCUAUUGCAAAACUACAAAUUCCAGCAUGCCCGGACAGCCAACGGCUGUCCGGGCAUGCUGGGAAUUGUAGUUUUGCAAUAGCUGGAGGCUGUUGGUAUAUAUCAUAUCAGAUUCCGGUUGCUUAUUUUUUGUCUUGUUACUCACCACUGCCCCCGAGAGAUCUGUUUGGUACUGCAGGGGCAUAUGAUUCUGAUCUUUUCACGCUCUUUGAUGUGUGACUGAUCUGCUCCGGUUCUGCUGUGUGUGUUACGUUUGUGACUGUUCAGAUCUGAUAUUGGGUGAUUUGCUUUACUCUGUCCAUUGGUGCCCGGUUCUGGUUGGUGCGGCGUCUUCACGUAGGGUAUCUCCUCCACCAUCUAUCGGCUGGGUGCUGCUAUUGUAUUUAUUUUGCAUCUCAUUGUCUCUGAUCCAGUGUCCUGAGUCGCCUUCUCUUGUUGGCGGCCAUGAUGCUUUUAAUAAACAGUUUUCUUUA